GCAAAUAAAAAUUUACGCACUGCCAAUUAUCAGCACGUGUGGAUUUCGUUUUAAUUUAGUUAUUUUGAAAAAUUGUAUUAAUAAUUGUUAUAUAUAAUAAAAAAAAAGUAAGUUAUACUUGAACAAUGAGCGGAAUAGAUUCGCAUCAGUUUAGUGAUGCUGACGAGGACGAGGAAAUACCAUAUAAGAAUAACUUGGUAAAUAACUUUAAAAAUUUGACUGUCAAACAUGUAAUGUUCAAGGAUAUUGAAGAAGAUAAAAUUGAAAACGACGAUUUAAGGAAUAUAAUAGAUGAUGCAAGUCCAGACGAACAAGACGACAAUGAAGAAAUUGACGAAGAGGAUUACGAUUACAAUGAGGAGAGUGAUGAUGCAUAUGACUACGAGGAAUCCUAUACAGGCUACCAAAAGCACAAUGCGCAAAUUUCACUAAACCACGCAGGCAACACAAAUGCUAGCGCUAGCACACAGUCCAACCGCCUAAAUAGCUAUCAGCCGAAUGAAAAGCUUUUGCGUCGUUACUCCGCACGCAUUAAUGUGGAGAAAUAUGAUCCCAAUGCAAAUAUGAGUGCGCAAGCCGCCAAUCGGCUGGUCACAUUCGAUCGGCGUCAAGAAGCGGAGCGUGUACGUGUACGGGAUAAGCACGAUCGCGCUACUGCCGAGCAAGUAAUGGAUCCACGUACACGUAUGAUACUAUUUAAAUUAUUAAAUCGUGGCUUUAUACAAGAGAUUAAUGGCUGCAUUUCGACGGGCAAAGAAGCAAACGUUUAUCAUGCUGUUUCGAAGGACGACGAUGAAUAUGCAAUCAAAAUUUAUAAAACAUCAAUUUUGAUAUUUAAAGAUCGUGACAAGUAUGUAUCAGGUGAAUUUCGUUUCCGACACGGCUAUUGCCGUCAUAAUCCACGCAAAAUGGUGCGCACCUGGGCAGAGAAGGAGAUGCGCAACUAUUUGCGUAUGCAUAAUGCCGGUGUCCCUGUGCCGGAGCCAUUGUUGUUGCGUUCCCAUGUGCUGGUGAUGAGAUUUUGUGGCAAGAACGGUUGGCCUUCACCAAAACUUAAAGAUGUUGAGUUGACCACAUCCAAAGCCCGUGAGCUAUAUCGUGAAUGUGUGGUGCUUAUGUGGCGCAUAUAUAACAAAUGCAAAUUGGUUCAUGCAGAUUUAUCGGAAUUCAAUAUAUUACUACAAGAUGGUCAGCUGAUAAUUAUCGAUGUGAGUCAGUCGGUAGAACACGAUCACCCGCAUGCAUUCGACUUUUUACGAAAAGAUUGUGCUAACAUAUCCGACUUCUUCCGCAAACGUUCAGUCGCGACAAUGACUGUGAAAGAGUUGUUUGACUUUAUAACAGAUCAGUCGAUAACGGAGGAAAAUAUGGAGGCUUGUCUGGAGCGUAUAUCUGAAAAAAUUAAAGAUCGCGAUUUUGAGGCGAUCACUGCGCAAGAGAAAAUCGAUGAAGCAGUUUGGCAAAACACUUACAUACCCAAGCGUUUAGAUGAGGUGCGUCACUUUGAGCGCGAUGUCGAUAAAGCAAAGAAAGGUGUAAAGCAAGAUCUUAUAUAUGGCAAAAUUACCGGCUUAAACGCAGAGUUAAAUGUACAAGAGAAACCAGAUAUACUCCGUAAAGUUGAAGUUGGCGAAGGCAAAUCACUGAAAAACUCACAUGAUAACAAAGAAAAUAUAUUAAAUGCCACAAAAACCACUGAUGACGCGACUGACUCAAGUGAAGAGGACGAUGAUGAGGAAGACGAAUCUGAUGCUGAGGGUGGCACUAGCUUUGUCAAUUCAUCGCGGCCACGCGACGAAUCGCCUGAUAGUAAAAAAGCGCGUAAAAAAGCCGUUAAAGAGGCGAAGGCGGAAAAGCGUAAAGUGAAGGUUAAGAAGCAUGUAAAAAAGCGAAAAGAGAAGGUAGCGAGUACACGCAAAUAAUGUAUAUUUAUAUAUAUAAGGUUUAAAACCGCAUGUUUGUAUUUAAAAUUAGUGAAUUUUUUUAAAAGAGAAAUUUAUAUUUAAAUGAAAAAGAAAUAAAAAAGGUAUAUUGAAAUACAUACAUAUAUGUA